CACAAAGCUUCACUCGCUUCUGCAGCGCACAGAUCUAUGAUUUCCCUAUCCAAGACAAAUUUUGCGAAUUGGGAAAGACUCGGCCUGCGAAUACGAGGUGCUCGCUGGAUAGUGCGAACUUGAGUUCGGAUGCGUUGUGCCAUAACGUCACUUUCCGGGGUUGAGAGCGAUCGACAGAGGUGCUCGUGACCUCUCUAUGCACCUAUCUAAAUAACGAUACUAAUCAGCAACGCUAGAAAGUUGAUCAAAGGAAGUGGGGUUGCAAAGUGGUAUAUAAUGGAGAGGGCUUGCUCCUGACCGUUCCAUCACGGUGAGAAUCUACAGAGCUUCGAAGUAUUUGAUCUCGAUACCCCAGCCAGACCUACCUUAGUCACUCGCUUCAUACACCCAUAGACAAGAUCAACAUGAAACUCGCGCUUCCAGCCCUCUCUCUAGCCCUCGCAGCAUCGGUCGCCGCCCAAUUUUACAAUGAAUCCGCCGCGUUCCAGCUUGUUCUCAUCUCAGACGACCCCUCCGUCAACGGCGAUACCCUGUCCGCCUGCCACUCGGGCGCUGCGAUCGAAGCCCUCUGUCUCUCAAACAGCAACACCACGUCCAAACCGGAUCCCAUUCCCGCCGCGUCCUUCCAUUUCAAUUUCUCCGAUUCCGUCGUUACCCCCAACGAGACGCUUGGCCAGCCCGGCAUCCUAACUUAUUGGCUCCAAACAUCAACAACACCCAUCCCGUCCGCAGUCGAACUGUACUCUGACCCUACGACAAAUACCGCCAUUCCGCUCUUCUAUCCCGGUGCGGAUCGCGCGACCACAAUGGCAUUUGAUGAGAACGACAUGCUGAAUAUCCAGGGUUAUAUCAACUACUCCACCAGUCCGCCUACUGCAGGUAAUACCACGGCGUAUUAUAGGUGGUGGGCCUGCAGGAUCUACUAUAUAGGGUACACGUAUGAGGCUCUUGUGUGGGUGGAGGGACCUGGGGAGCCGGAGACGCCUAGAUGCGCAAAAGUUGGAGUUAAGAGGGUCUUCAUCUGAGAAGGAGGAGAUCUCGAAGACUCUUUCUGGGACGAUCGUCGUUGGUAGUUUGGAAAGGCAAAAGACGUAAUGGCUAGAUGUGAUGGUCGACGCGACGUAUGAUAGUAAUGCUUAAAGAAUAAUUCAUGUGAACCCUACUCGUUUUCCCAAUUACAGCCGGAGAGUCUAGACGCGAAGAGACCUACGCUACUCCAGGCGCCACUCGUGCGGCCAACGUUGUCGAAUAGCACAUUACUCUCCCUGAAGCUCUUCAGAGGGCGAAGAUUGAUCGUGAGUCUCAGUAGAGCCUCACUAC